AAGGACGGCGAUCCAACGUCCAUGAUCGUUUAUCCUGCCCAAACAAAAGUAGUUUUUUAUCUAUAUUAUACUACAGGAUAUCUUGCACAAUAUUGUGAUGCGCCUGGUACGAAUCUUCUGGGAGAACUUAUAAUAGAUAUUCCUGGCUCAGGCCUUGAUAAACUUUCUUUAAA